AGGGGCAGGAAACCGGGACCCCUGGGUCCUGGAGGGGACCAAUUGACUGCGAUGUAAUUCCAGAAUCAAGGAAUGGGGCAGGGCCAGCCCUACCCAGAUCUCCUCCCCCAGGCCUGGUCUCCUCACAGGACGCCCCCUCCCCGCUCUUCCUGCCGGGUUUCCUCUUGCCUUUUCCUGUCCCCCACCCAGUGCUGGGAGCCGGGGCAGAGGCAAGGCUGACCGAGAGCAGUGGAACUGACCCAGGCCAGCGGAGCCAGGGCCUCCGGGUGUGCCGGACCCGAAGCAGGGGCCAUGCUAUCUGGUGAACGGAAGGAGGGCGGAAGCCCUCGCUUCGGGAAGCUUCAUCUCCCCGUCGGCCUGUGGAUCAAUUCCCCCAGGAAGCAGCUGGCCAAGCUGGGAAGGCGCUGGCCCAGCGCGGCCUCUGUCAAAUCUUCUUCGUCGGACACGGGAAGCCGUAGCAGCGAGCCGAUACCCCCGCCUCCGCCGCACGUGGAGCUGCGGCGAGUGGGCGCCGUCAAGGCGGCCGGGGGAGCCUCUGGUAGCCGCGCCAAGCGCAUCUCCCAGCUUUUCCGGGGCUCGGGGACCGGGACCACGGGGUCCGGCGGCGCGGGAGGCCCUGGGACCCCGGGUGGCGCGCAGCGCUGGGCUAGCGAGAAGAAGCUGCCCGAGCUGGCGGCGGGCGUGGCCCCCGAGCCCCCGCUGGUCACCCGCGCCACGGCGCCCCCGGGGGUCCUCAAGAUCUUCGGCGCGGGACUGGCAUCCGGCGCCAACUACAAGAGCGUGCUGGCCACGGCGCGCUCCACGGCUCGCGAGCUCGUGGCCGAGGCGCUCGAGCGCUACGGCCUGGCCGGCAGUCCGGGCGGCGGCCCCGGCGAGAGCAGCUGCGUGGACGCCUUCGCUCUGUGCGACGCGCUGGGCCGGCCGGCGGCGGCGGGCGCGGGGAGCGGCGAGUGGCGGGCGGAGCACCUGCGCGUGCUGGGCGACUCGGAGCGCCCGCUGCUGGUGCAGGAGCUGUGGCGGGCGCGGCCCGGCUGGGCGCGGCGCUUCGAGCUGCGCGGCCGCGAGGAGGCGCGGCGCCUGGAGCAGGAGGCCUUCGGGGCAGCAGACGGCGAAGGUACGGGCGCCCCUUCGUGGCGGCCACAGAAGAACCGCUCCCGGGCGGCGUCGGGCGGGGCGGCGCUGGCCAGUCCUGGCCCGGGGACGGGAUCAGGGGCCCCCGCUGGGUCCGGAGGCAAGGAGCGCUCGGAAAACUUGUCUUUGCGGCGCAGCGUGUCGGAGCUUAGCCUACAGGGGCGGCGGCGGCGGCAGCAGGAACGGAGGCAGCAGGCACUUAGCAUGGCCCCAGGGGCAGCCGACGCCCAAAUCGGACCUGCAGACCCCGGGGACUUCGAUCAGUUGACUCAGUGCCUCAUUCAGGCCCCCAGCAACCGCCCCUACUUCCUGCUACUCCAGGGCUACCAGGACGCCCAGGACUUCGUGGUGUAUGUGAUGACGCGAGAGCAGCACGUGUUUGGCCGAGGUGGGAACUCGUCCGGCCGCGGCGGGUCCCCGGCCCCCUAUGUGGACACCUUCCUCAACGCCCCGGACAUCCUGCCGCGUCACUGCACAGUGCGCGCGGGCCCGGAGCACCCGGCCAUGGUGCGCCCGUCUCGGGGCGCCCCGGUCACGCACAACGGCUGCCUCCUGUUGCGGGAGGCCGAGCUGCACCCGGGCGACCUCCUGGGGCUGGGCGAGCACUUCCUGUUCAUGUACAAGGACCCCCGCCCGGGGGGAUCGGGGCCGGCGCGGCCGCCUUGGCUGCCCGCACGUCCCGGGGCCACGCCGCCGGGCCCCGGCUGGUCCUUCUCCUGUCGCCUGUGCGGCCGCGGCCUGCAGGAGCGCGGCGAGGCGCUGGCCGCCUACCUGGACGGCCGCGAGCCGGUCCUGCGCUUUCGGCCGCGCGAGGAGGAGGCGCUGCUGGGCGAGAUCGUGCGCGCCGCGGCAGCCGGCGCCGGGAACCUGCCCCCCCUGGGGCCCGCCACGCUGCUGGCGCUGUGCGUGCAGCAUUCUGCCCGGGAGCUGGAGCUGGGCCACCUGCCGCGCCUGCUGGGCCGCCUAGCCCGGCUCAUCAAGGAGGCCGUCUGGGAAAAGAUUAAGGAAAUUGGAGACCGCCAGCCAGAAAACCACCCUGAGGGGGUCCCGGAGGUGCCCCUGACUCCUGAAGUUGUGUCUGUGGAGCUGCGGCCACUCAUGCUGUGGAUGGCCAACACCACGGAGCUGCUGAGCUUUGUGCAGGAGAAGGUGCUGGAAAUGGAGAAGGAGGCCGACCAAGAGGAUCCACAGCUCUGCAAUGACUUGGAAUUAUGUGAUGAGGCCAUGGCGCUCCUGGAUGAGGUCAUCAUGUGUACCUUCCAGCAGUCUGUCUACUACCUCACCAAGACUCUGUAUUCAACGCUGCCUGCUCUCCUGGAUAGUAACCCUUUCACAGCUGGAGCAGAGCUGCCUGGGCCUGGCGCGGAGCUGGGGGCCAUGCCUCCAGGGUUGAGACCUACCCUGAGUGUGUUCCAGGCAGCCCUGGAACUGACCAACCAGUGCGAGCUGCACCCUGACCUCGUGUCUCAGACCUUCGGCUACUUGUUCUUCUUCUCGAACGCAUCCCUUCUCAACUCGCUGAUGGAACGAGGACAAGGACGGCCUUUCUAUCAAUGGUCCCGAGCUGUUCAAAUCCGAACCAACCUGGACCUUGUCUUGGACUGGCUCCAGGGAGCUGGGCUGGGCGACAUUGCCACCGAGUUCUUCCGGAAACUCUCCAUGGCUGUGAACCUGCUCUGUGUGCCCCGUACUUCCCUGCUCAAGGCUUCAUGGAACAGCUUAAGAACCGAGCACCCCACCUUGACCCCCGCCCAGCUGCACCAUCUACUCAGCCACUACCAGCUCGGCCCUGGGCGUGGGCCACCAUCGGCCUGGGACCCUGCCCCUGCAGAGCGGGAAGCUGUGGACACAGGGGAUAUCUUCGAAAGCUUCUCCUCGCACCCGCCCCUCAUCCUGCCCCUGGGGAGCUCGCGCCUGCGCCUUAGUGGUCCAGUGACGGACGACGCUUUGCACCGAGAACUGCGCCGGCUCCGUCGCCUCCUCUGGGACCUUGAGCAGCAGGAGCUGCCAGCCAAUUAUCGCCACGGGCCUCCUGUGGUCACGCCUCCUUGAAGACCAAUAGCAGACGAGCGCGCGCACGUUGAAAGGGCGCAGAGCUUUCUGGGAGUUGUGGUUUUUAUCUCGCGCGAACUGCUGGGGAUUGAGUUUUCGGGCAGUAGCGGAUGGGGCGGUGGGAGCUUGGGCUUAGGAUGUGAAUACCAAGAAGUAAUAAAGGUAUUUGUGGUAGCGGCA